UUCCUUUAUGAUCCCGGGAUCUCCCACUUUCCUCACCAGACAUCAGUCAGCAACACAGGCGAGCACAGCUCCUGCUCUCUCUCGCUCUCUCUCUCUCUCCCUCGCUCUCUCUCUCGCACGCUCAGAGACGCGCUCACAGCCUCCAGCCUGCUGCUGCAGCGCAUCCAGACGCUUCCGGAGGGAGACCGACGAACAGCGGCCGGGACCACAGACGCUGGACCCCUCGUUCGCGCCGAGUCAGACUCACGCAGGAGCCGAGCACGACGAGACAUCAGCCGCUGCGGCUCGCACGAGCGCCAGGGAUCUACGGCAGCGCGGAGCAGUUCAAGCCCCCCGGGGAAGACGCGGGUCUACGGUUUAUUUGCCCUCACGCGCCGGUGAUCGUCCUCCGUCGCUACCACAAUGUCCGAGGUGCUGCCAUACAACGAGGGGAAAAUGAGCGGCUACGGGGCGGACAGCGACGUCAACCAGAUGUCCUUUAGCUGCGGACUACAGGACACGAGCGCCUUUUUCGCUGCGUCGCAGGGGAAAAGACCCCCGAAGCUGGGACAGAUCGGCCGAGCCAAGCGAGUGGUCAUCGAGGACGACCGAAUAGACGAGGUCCUGAAGGGGAUGACAGACAAGUCUUCACCCGGGGUUUAAACGCGAACGAUGCCUUGCAGACUUUUUUUAAUUUCGAUCACCGAUUUGAAGCACUUGUCGGCUGUGCAUGUUCGAGGAUUAGAGGAGAAAACGACGGCACGAAGGCGAGGAUGGGAGGAUGAACGGAAGCGGAAAGAAAGGGGCAAAGAAGGGCAAAAAGGAGAAAGGAGGUGAAGUGGUAAAAGGGAGAAAUGGUGAAAUGUUGAGAAAGAGAAAGAGAGAAACUCUGGAAAAGACCAACAUUUAUCAUUGGAUUGCUGGCAAUUCUCCGAACGAAUCCCGAUUUUAAACUACUGCUGCGCAGCGAGAUGUUGAGAUGGCGGACACUGCUCUGUAUCUCAACCUCUGCUGACUUUAAUGAUGGAUGAACUUGUCAUCACUUCACCACCAUCUCGUUUAUUUAUUUCCAAAAAGCGCUGUAAGCAACAAAAUACUGCAACUGGAGGCUGACGCAAAAUCCCAGCCUCCAUUUCAAUAAGUUGUACAGUAGGUAGGCUAAGCUGUCAGACGCCCCACGCCGCCAACACCCCCCCCCCCCCCCCUCCCUCUUCCCCCCUUAGACGUUGCUUUGUUGAUUCAGUCAGCGACGGUGCAUUCAAGGGAGCUGUCCUUUCAGCACUGGUCCAAUGCAUUCCUGUUGCUGCUUACGCUUUUAAAACAGACCAACCAAACACUAUAGUCUACUAAAUAGAGGAGACCUGUUGUAUGUAAACACAUAUAUCCGAGGAUGGUGCAAUGUUCAAAUAUUUUCUGUAGUAGAAUCCCUUUAUUUUGUAUCUUCUGGCAUUUACUGUAACAACGUUAGGCCACAGGUUAAAAGUGAACCACUGGCUUCAAUCUACUCGCGUUUCCCGUCAGUGGUUAAAGGUGCACGUUGACACCUUCAUGUAGCUGUUUUACUCCUGCACAUAUCUUUACUGUUCCUCUCUCUAUUUUUUUAUCCAUUUCUAAUCUUUUGCAUUUUCUCAUUCAGAUAUCUACAGAGGCCAGCAGAGACACGGAGAUCACACUAAAUGUUUAAACUAUGAGUCAUGAAAUGGAUGAGAAAAUAUGCUUUCUUCUGUUACUUUUAUUUAAAAAGAUUUUUGGUGUUUCGUCCUCUAUAAAUUUCGAGUUUUUCUUCAUCUAUUUGCAUGAACUGUCACUCCGGUGCCAACACAGGUGCCACCACUCUUACCCUGGCACGCUUCUUUUUAACAAAAGUCAUAUUUGUAUUUUUAUAUCUAAAUAUUUGUUAUUUAAAUGAUAUGCUAGUCUAUCGUCUUACAAUUCAUCAACAAAAAUAUUUCUACUUCAGAGAGGAUAUUCAGAGUGAGACUAGGGUUCAUAGGGGAGACUCUGCGAUUUUGGUGGACUGGUCUCAUUCUAUAUCAGAGGUCGGACGUUUUUUAAAGACUAACUGAAUGUGUCUGGGGUUUUUGCACACAUCAAUGUUAAACUAUUAUUAAGAAAUCGUAUACUGUGACUUGAGCUUCGUUGAUGAAUUUGUUAGAAAAUGGCAGUUUUAGAGUAUAUUGCACUGUUUACGAGUAUCCUCAAAUAACACGUGGUUAUUUGACAGAGUUUGGACAUUACAGUUUUUGUUUUUAAAUUUUGUUUAUUUUGUACCAUUGUUUAAAGAAACUGGAUAUGGUUUGUUGUGCAUGAAACCUUAAUAUUUUCAAUAAUGAAACAUCAAUUUAUGAAGCAAAAAAUGUCAUGACAUUCUAAGAAUGGGUCAUUGUAUAUUAUGAUGCCAUUUUCACUGUAUUUGGUGAAUUAAUAAAUGGUGAAAGAAAACGUUAA